CAAUGUGCAUUACUUUGCAUUUAUCAACAUUGAAUUUAAUCUGCCAUUCUGUUGUCCAGUCACCCAGUUUUAUGAGCUCUCUCUCUAACUCUUCUCAGUCAGUUUUGGACAUAACUAUCUUGAGUAAUUUUGUGUCAUCUGUAAACUUUGCCACCUCACUGUUUAGCCUUUUUCCCAGAUCAUUUAUGAAUAUGUUGAACAGCACUGGUCCCAGUACAGAUCCUUGGGGGAACCCCGCUAUUUACCUCUCUCCAUUGUGAAAACUGAUAAUUUAUUCUUACCCUUUGUUUCUUAUCUUUUAACCAGUUACCGGUCCAUGGGAGGAUUUUCCCUCUUAUCCAUGAGUGCUUACUUUGCUUAAAGCCCUUGGUGAAAGGACCUUGUCAAAGGCUUUCUGAAAGUCCAAGUACACCAUAUGCAUUGGAUCACUCUUGUCCAUGUUUGUUAAGCCCCUCAAAGACUUCUAACAGAUUGGUGGGGCAUGAUUUCCCUUUUCAAAAGCCACAGUGACUCUUCCCCAACAUAUUGUGUUCAUCUAUGUGUCUGAUAAUUCUAUUCUUUACUAUAGUUUCAAUCAAUUUGCCUGAUAUUGAAGUUAGGUUUACUGGCCUGUAAUUGCCAGGAUCACCUCUGGAGCAUUUUUUUAAAAAUGACAUUACAUUAGGUAUCCACAAGUCAUUUGGUAUGUGGAGACUGAUUUAAGCAACAGGUUACAUAUCACAGUUAGUAGUGCUGCGAUUUCGAAUUUGAGUUCCUUCAGAACUUGGGUGAAUACCAUCUGGUCAUGGUGACUUUUAUUACUAUUUAAUUUAUCAGUUUGUUCCGGAAAUUCCUCUAUUGACACUUCAGCCUGGGACAGUUCCUCAGAUAUGAUAGUGUAGUGCUCUUACUGAAUAUUUGAAGAAUAAAUUCUACACACAAGUGCUGAUGUGAAAAAACAGGGACUCAGCUCUUUCACCAGUUCAGCUUGUCUGUCCCUCUCCAUCCCCUCCUUGCACCAGUUUAUCCUCCCUGCACAAGUUCUGCCCAUCCUUCCCCUCCCAUUCUGAUAGCAAAGAAAGGUACAGCUGGUGCAGUGCCUUCAGAAGAUGUUAUAGAGCAUGCUCAGAUCGCUGGGGCAUACUCAGUUGCAGGAAGCUGUGUCUGACACUACGCCUGAAACUCUUCACUCCCUCGCAAGCUGCACGGCAUAGCUAGUCCAGAACAAGCCAUCGUUCUCACCAGCAGGGGCUCAGAGCAUCAGAGCCCCUUUUCUCAUGGAAUGAAAACUUCCAUCCAGCACAAGGAGUGAAGAGAAAGAUAAAAAGCAUGUCGGAGUUCUGGUUAAUUUCUGCACCGGGGGAUAAAGUAAAUCUGCAAGCCCUGGAGAGGAUGAACACAGUGACAUCCAAAGCCAACCUGUCCAGCAACAAUAAAUUCCUCAUCCCAGACCUCAAGGUGGGGACAUUGGAUGCUCUUGUUGGUCUCUCAGAUGAGUUGGGAAAACUUGACAGCUUUGCUGAAAGCGUAAUAAAGAAAAUUGCACAGUACAUAGGAGAAGUUAUGGAGGACUCAAAAGAUAAAGUGCAGGAGAAUCUUCUGGCCAAUGGAGUUGACCUAAUUAGUUACCUGACCCGGUUUGAGUGGGACAUGGCCAAAUAUCCCAUAAAGCAGCCACUGAAGAAUAUUUCAGAAGCAUUAGCAAAGCAAAUCACACAAAUAGAAACAGACCUGAAGUCCCGAACAGCAGCAUACAACAACAUCAAAGGAAAUUUGCAAAGCCUGGAAAGAAAAACUGUGGGAAAUCUGUUGACUCGUACUUUAGCUGAUAUAGUGAACAAAGAAGACUUUGUGCUGAAUUCAGAAUAUCUCAUCACUCUUCUCGUUGUAGUUCCAAAGUCAAACUACGCACAAUGGCAAAAAACAUACGAAUCCCUCUCUGAUAUGGUAGUGCCUCGAUCCACAAAAAUGAUUGCUGAGGACGCAGAGGGAGGACUCUUCACUGUGACACUGUUUAGAAAAGUAAUGGAUGAUUUCAAAGCCAAAGCCAGAGAAAACAGGUUCAUGGUCCGAGAAUUUUAUUUUGAUGAGAAAGAACUGAAAUGUGAAAAGGAAGAAAUAAUGAAAUUAGCUUCUGAUAAGAAACAACAAUAUGGGCCACUACUGCGCUGGCUGAAAGUGAACUUCAGUGAAGCAUUUGUGGCUUGGAUUCACGUGAAAGCCCUGAGAGUUUUUGUUGAAUCUGUCCUCAGGUACGGCCUACCCGUGAAUUUCCAGGCAAUGCUGCUGCAGCCCAGCAAGAAGUCUGUAAAACGCCUGAGAGAUGUUCUUAAUGCAGUCUUCAAACAUCUGGAUGAAGUAGCAGCAGCAAGUAUAAUGGAUGUAUGUGUUCAGUCUACUGCAGGAGAGACUAUGGCCAUUAGUUCUGAACAAGACUAUAUAUUUGCAAGACUUCGUAUCAAUUUAAUUAAAACCAGUGCUCAGGAACCAGAUCAUGUAGCACCUCAUGCUCCAGGGUUUAGGCCUAUCUCAAGGGGUUAGGAGAUCUAGUGUGGGAGGCCUAAUGGGACAUUUCAUACACCUCCUCUGAAGCAUCUGGCCACCAUCAGAGGAUACUGGACUAGACAGACCUCACUUCGGAUCCCAGGUGGCAAGUCCUGUGAACAAAAAGCCCCCUAGUUUCUCCCCAGCCUCCAUGUUGGCUACUCCUAAGUAAUAUUUACAAAAACCUCACUUUAGUCUAAUGGAGGUGAGCACAAGCACCUGGUAGGGAGCAAGUUACAGACAAGUGGCUAAUAGGUAUCCACCCUAGAAGGUGGAGAUGGAGACAGUGAAGUUAGUUUUGAACAAUUUAUAAAUACUUCAAAAAGAAUCCACAAAGUUGGAACUGAGCAUGACUUCUCAGACAGAACGCUUUGAUUAAAGCAGAUGUAAGAGUAUGUUUUAUUUACUGACAGGGAUGUAAAAACACAAGUGAUCAUAUCUCAGAGUUUAUUUCUAGCACCUAAGUUACUUUGUCUCCUUUUGCAGAUGAGUAUGGACAUUCCUGGUUUACAACUGAGCAAUCAAGAAUACUACCCUUAUGUCUAUUUCAAGAUCGACCUCAGUCUUCUUGAUUACAGUUAAGAAUUAAAAUCAAGCUUGACUUACUCAUGUGCAAGUCCCCAGUGUCCCAGUAGAGUUAUGCUCUUCAGCCAUUAACAAUCAAGUUAAGAAUGCAGGCACCUGCUUAGCUGGAUAAUUUUAUAAGAAUUCUUUUGCAUAUGUAGCACAGUAAUUUAAAAUUGUCAAUCUACUCCACUUUGAAAGUAAAGUGUUUUACUAUUUUAUACUGUCUCUUGUAUGGUUAGAAAACAUAAUUCACAAGCAGGUGGAUUUUAUUUAUUUAUUUUGUAAGUUACAAAGAGGGGAUCAUCAUCUUUACUGGAAUUUAAAAUAAAAUCAAAAGUUAAAAUAG